AUGAGUUCUAUAGGUGAGAAUGUAGAUGACUUGCUUAGCAUGUUGCCUGAAGAGAUUGUUUCACACAUACUUUCUCUAAUGCCUACCAAAUAUGCUGUUCGAACUAGUGUUCUAUCAAAAAAAUGGAGAUAUCAGGUUCCAAAAUUACGUUUAUCAAAUUGGAUCGAUAAAGCAAUCGGGUUAAACGUUCGUGAGGUUGACAUAUGUGCUAGCACGCGGUUGCCUUCAAGCCUUUUCACAUGCAAGACACUCGCAAAAUUAAGAUUAAAUCAAUGUGUGGGGAAGAGUUUGUCUUUGAUCUAUCUUCCUUGCCUGAAAAGUCUUGACAUUGUUGGUUUUCCUAAUUCUAAACUCAUCCAUGGUUGCCCAAUGCUUGAAAGUUUAUCUUCGAAAGUAUCAUGGUGUGACCUUAAAAAAGAUUACAUAUUCAAUAUUCCUACUUUGAAACGAUUGGAACUAACAUUUGCAUCAACCAUCAACGAAGUUAACCAUAAAGUUGUUUUAUGCGUCCCUAAUCUUGAAUUCUUGUCGGUUGUUGGAGUGUUGAGCUCGUCUAUUGUAUUUGAAGAUGUGUCGUCUUUGGUUGGGGCAUCGAUUGCAUGUCACGAACCAACAGUUAUUCAACGGUGGUUGAGCUUCUAA